UCUUCUCUCAGUUUAGAAGUUAAUAAUGGCUGAAUUUACACAUCCUCUGUAUUUUGAAGCCAGACAUCUAACAGACAGGGAAAUGGAGAAGGUCAGGAGACACUUUCAGAAAAGAAGAGACGCUGGAGGAGGCGAUUGUGGAGCGAUUGAAAAGGUUGGAGAUAACAUCUAUAAAGUCUGCUUCAGGGAGCAACAAGAUCAGGAAAGAGUUUUACAGAGGAAAACUCAUUCUAUUAAUCUUCCUGGCGGAGAUGUGCGUCUGAUCGUGAGUCGAAGCAGUUCACCACAGACCCAGGAUCAGCCAUCGACAAGCCAAUCACAAACGACUACUCAACGGAGCACAAAAUGUCUUGAGAAAAUUUUCAAAACUGACAUCUUUUACCUGUUCUACCUGAGAGACAACCCUAAAGCUUACAAAGUCCUGCAAAAGCAGUUGUCUGCAAUCGACUGCACAAUAGAGCUAGAUUUUGAGGAAGAAGAGGCAGUAGUGAGGGGGAACUUAGAGAAGGGGCCUGGAGGAGCUUUUUAUGGUGCAGCAGAAAACUGGGAAUUACAAGUGGAUCGGAUAUUUGUUGGUGUCAUUGAGGCCUACAGUUGCCAUCAUGUGCUUGAGCCCAAACAAGUAAAAAGGGUUCAGCAGGAUCCCUUCUUUGAGACUGAUGAUGUAAAAGUGUAUCCAGCAACUGGUUACGCUGUGUUGGUGGGGGAGGUGGAAAUGGUAAAGGAGAAGAUUGCAGUUCUGGAAAAAAGCAUACUGAUACGCAAGGAGCAGCAAGUUGUUCAGAAGCAGUUCAAACUAAUUGCAGAGGAGUUCAACCGAGAGAUGAGUGCACAUCAUCCAGAGGUUAAAAUACUCAGUGGUGGUAACACGGUCAUCUUAGAAGGGCCCGAAGAGAAGGUGCAGUCUGGUGCAGCAAAACUUAACGAACUGAUUAAGAAGAUCAAAGAAAAGAAGGUUAAUCUUUCUACAGAUUUAAUAACCUUCAUGGCCACCAGCAGUGUCAUCUCCAAGUACGAAACUCGGUUUCAGCAAAGUCUCAGAAGUCCGGUUUCCUUGGAGGUGGGAUUGGAACUGAUUCUUUCCAGUUUGUCUUCAGAGGCUCUGGAGGAAGCCGAGACAGCAGUGGUGAGAGAUCUGAGUGUGUCCAGUGAGAAUCUUCAAGGUGCUGCAGCUGUGCCUCCAGAUCUAGACAGACUCAAGGAAAUCCUCAUCAAAGCCAAGAACCAGGCAAACCAGGGCGAGCUGAGAGUGGAGGUUAGCUUUGUACCAGGGUCCAGUGGUUCGCCAUCAAUCAAAGUACAGCUGGUGGGUUAUACUGAACAUGUGAACAAGCUUAAAGAGCUUCUUCAGGACUACCAGUCAAAUCAGGUUUCAACUCAAGAGGUCCUCAACCUGCAGCGUCCUGAACUAGUUGAUAGCUUUGACAAAGUCUUAAGAAUAUUUAACAUGAAGCAGACCGAUGUGACACUGAGAACCUCCCAUUUUCCAAAUCCUUGUGUGGUGUUGUCUGGUUCCCAUGUUCGGGUUCAGGAGACCAAACAGGCCUUUAUGUCUGCUCUGGCCAGGAUGACUUUAGACACAUUGACUUUGGAUGGUCCUGGGGCUCUGCGAUACUUCCAAGGAGAUGGCAAAGAGAGCAAGGAGCUGGUGGAAAGUUCAUGUCGGGUGAUUAUUUGGGAACAACAAGAUGUUAACUCACCAGUUGUAGCAAGUCCACAGCAAAGCAGGAGCAUCAGCAGCACCACACAAAGACCGUUAAUUACCAGGAAUCGGUUUAACGCUGUUGGACAGAGCACAGUCAAUAAAAUUCAUCUAGAAAUCAAGAUUUCCAGUUUAGAAGAAGAACAGGUGAAUGUGUUGGUCGUCCCCACACAUAACAAGAAUCUGUCUUCAACAAAUAUUGGCAAAUCUUUGUUAAGGAAAUGCGGAGACACCAUCAAAUCAAAGUUUGACUCAUUGGCAGCAACUUCUGCCUUCGAUGCUGGUGAUGUUCUGGUGGUUGACGCCAGUGCGUCUCUGGGUUGCUCCAAGAUAUUCUGCAUAGAGUGCCUGCCUUGGGAUGGAGUUGGAGGGAACAGUGAACAGGCUCUUACUAAAGGCUUGAAGAGGUGUCUGGACCUCUGUGCGGAGAAGGGCUUCAGUUCAGUAGCCAUACCUGUUAUUGGGCCAGGAUUACUUCUAAAAUACCCCAUGAGUGAUGCUGUUCAAGCUCUGACAGAAAACAUUCGCCAGUUUGCCUUGUCUGCGCAAUGUGGAUAUCUCACCACCAUCCACAUCAUCAUUAAACCUGGCUAUCCUGACUCUGAAGAGAGCUACCAUGAAGUGUACAAACAUCUCAGCUUAAGCAUUAACCAGGGAGACCGAGCACUCUUCGGGUCCCUCACCAGUGACCUCGAUGACAUCAACAUUACUAUAAGAGGCGGGGCUAAACUGCAGGUGGUGUUCGGCGACAUCACCAACGAGACCACAGAUGCUGUGGUGAACACCACUGACUUUGUCAAUUUUUACAAUGAAGGGGUUUGCAAAGAUAUUUUAACCGUAGCUGGAACAGAGGUGGAAGCUCAGCUGAAAACAGCGAAUGUGAGCCAAGGAGCUGUUUUUGCGACACAGCCUGGAAGGUUCCCCUGUAAAGCAAUUUUACAUGUAUGUGGACAGAAAGAUGCAAGUAUCGUUGAAGGACUUGUGUGUAGCAUCAUUGCCAAAUGUGAAAACCUUGGGUAUAGGUCUGUAGCAAUUCCUGCCAUCUGUGCCGGAGCUGGUGGGUUGGACCCUGCUGUCGUGGCUGGUGCAAUCCUACAAGGGAUCCAAAGUGCCACAUCAUCUGCUUCUCUUUCCACCCUCACCACCAUCCGCCUUGUGCUAAUUAAGAUCAAAGUCUUUUUGGCUUUUAAAGAAGAAGCAUCGCAGAUGUUCCCGACUUUCCGAAGAAGAGCAUCCCUAUUUCAAGUACAACAACAGACACCUGUACGUCUGAGUGCACACCAAAACAUUCCUAAUACCACUGCUGCAAGUCAGCAGUCUACCUUUCUGUUUUUGGGUCUUAACAGAAAUUAUGUUAAUGAUGCCAAGGAAAAACUGAAGAAUCAGUACAAGCUUCAGUGCUCUGAUCAAACCUUCCCAAAAGAGGAUCUACAGAGUCUCACGGAAGACGACAUGCUAGAUCUGCAACAGAUGGUGGAGCUGGAGGGUCUGUACAUGAAAAAGGACUCAUUCGGAAACUUGAUGGUGAACGGUAUGAAAGACGGAGUCAACAGGGCAAUAUUGAAGUUUAAUUCAUAUCUGCAUGGCAACCUCAGGAGAGAGGUGAGGGGGAGGGAAGAGGAUGAUUUGUACAUACGUGUGACAUGGUGCAUCCUGGGAAAAAAUGGGAACUGGGAUAGACUCCCCAAAACAGCCAAUUACAACCUGGAAAAGAGGGAUGUUGCAGGAGGAAUUGUGGACGCACAAGGAGUCACUUGGCAAGUGGAUCUACUGAAGUUAAAAGUCACAUCUCCAGGACAGAAAACUCAUAUCAAACGACUUGAGAAUCUGGAAGACUUCAUUGUCCCUUUGUACUGGGACAGCAUGGCUACUGGGGAAGCCAUGAAGGUGGUAGAGCUGCAGUCUUCUUCUCGAGAGUACCAAACAGUUAAGGAGAGAUUCAAACGAACUGCUAAGAAAACUGUGAUGAAGAUUGCGCGUUUGCAGAACAUUUAUUUGCGACGUGCUUAUGAGGUGCAGAAGAAACAAAUAUCUGAGAGGAACAGACACAAGGGAGGUGCAAAUGAGAAGAUUCUGUACCAUGGGACAACGGAGGACAACUGUGACUCAAUCAUGAAAACAGGCUUCAACAGGCGCUUUUGUGGGCAAAAUGCAACAUCAUACGGUGAGGGAACCUACUUUGCUGUACAUGCCAGCUACUCCACCCAUCCCACUUACUCCAGGCCUGCUGCUGAUGGUUCUCAGCUAAUGUUUGUGGUUAGAGUCGUGACGGGCAUCUACACUCCGGGCCAUAGCGGCAUGAAGGUACCUCCGGCCCGCAAUGACCAGGAGUCCCACAUACGUUACGACAGCGUGGUGGAUAGAAUGGACAGACCCAACAUGUUUGUUGUGUUCCAUGAUGACCAAGCUUACCCAGACUAUCUCAUCACCUUCAAGUGAUGACGCUGAAAACGUAUCAUGUUCCUGUGAAAGUGGGAAUUAAAUAAUGGUUUCUGAGGGACAUUGUGAAGGUUAAAAACAGAGGGAAUACACAUUGUUAUUCACCGGAUUGUGCUAAUGUUUCAAAUCACCUUGACUAUUGACACUUUUGCUCUAAGCAGCCAGACUUUUUUAUAGCCUUUGAAAUCUGUCUUGAUUAAUAUAUUGUCAGACUUUCUGAAAGUCCUUUUAAUGUUUUCUUUGGAAUUCUUGGGCUGUUCUACAAAUUAUUCUGGCACAAAAGACUCUUAAACUUGGGGUGAGCCAGUUUUGCACCCAUACAGGCAUUCAGCAAAUAAUAAAAUUGUAAAUAUGA